AUGUAUCUAAGAUUUUUAAUCACAGGUGAGUCUGGAUCAGGAAAAACAGAAGCAUCUAAAAAAGUUCUGGAAUUUAUUGCAAAGACAACACACGGUGACCAUAUUAUUCAGAUGAUAAAAGAUAAACUYCUUGUAGCAAAUUUAGUUUUGGAGGCAUUUGGUAAUGCAAAAACUUGUAAUAAUGAUAAUUCUAGUCGGUUCGGAAAAUAUAUGGACGUGGAAUUCAACCAUAUGGGUCAACCAAUAGGUGGUAAUAUUCUAAACUAUUUACUUGAAAAGUCAAGAGUGGUAAAACAGGCUCAAAAUGAAAGAAACUAUCAUAUAUUCUAUCAACUGAUCAAUGGAGCUGAUGAAUGCCUAGCCGAAUUCUUAGCGAUUGACAAGGACGUUGAUUAUUUAUAUUUGAGAAAGGACAAGACUGACAAUGAUAGUUUCGAAGAUGAAGCUAUUAACGAAGAUUCCAAAAAAUAUAAAGAAACUUUACAUGCUCUCCAAAUUCUAGAAUUUGAUCUGGAGGAAAAAAUGGAUAUACUGAAAAUUGUCGCUAGUAUUUUGCACUUGGGUAAUAUAAAACAGUUUUGUAUUAAUUAUUGUAACGAAAAGUUGCAAAAGUUAUUCCUUGACCUAACACUUAAGUCAGAACAACAAGAAUAUUUAAGCGAGGGUAUCGAGUGGACUGUUGUUGAUUACUUUGACAAUGGAAUUAUAUGUGACAUGAUUGAUGAAAGACACAAAGGGAUCAUUUCAUGUCUCGAUGACGAGUCUCUUAAACAAACUGAUGUAUGUAAUAAUUUAAUUUUAAUCAACGAGUUGGCGAAACGUUUCAAAGAACACGAGUACAUUUCAUGUUACCAAACUGUAAAUGAUCCACAAUUAAAGAGAACAAUAAUUUUACCUACAGAAUUUGUAAUCAAACAUUUUGCUGGUGCUGUGACGUACGAUGCUUCUAAUUUUUUAGAAAAAAACAAUGACUCUCUGUUUGGAAAUCUAAGCCAAAUAAUGUCUAGCUCUACCAACGCGAUCAUAAAGACCAUUUUUUCAGAUUGCCAGACGCCCAAUAAAAAAAUACCAGAGACUAUAAUGAAGCAGUUUAAAAAUAGUUUGAAUCGACUUAUAAACACAUUGUCGUCAAAAGAGCCUUCGUAUAUUAGAUGUAUCAAGCCGAACAACUACAAAGAAUCYGACAAUUUCGACGAAGAAGUGAUUAGUCAACAAGUGAAAUACAUGGGUUUAGUCGAGAUACUACGUAUCAGGAAAGCUGGUUUUGCAUACCGUGGCCAGUUUGAAGUAUUUUUAAAUAGAUAUAAAUGUUUGUGCCCGGAAACUUGGCCCGAUUGGACUCGACGGUACGGCGGGGUGGCUGUCGAGGCAGUAAAACGGUUGAUUGAACAUCUGCAGUAUACAAGCGAGGAUUAUAAAAUUGGAAGGACUAAAAUCAUGAUAAAACAUCCACAUACAGUGUUUGAAAUUGAAAAACGAUUCCAGACGUCUAAGCACUUKUUGGCRAUUAUCAUCCAAUCGGCSUGGCGUGGAUACGUGGCCCGCAAACGAUACAYUCGCAUCAGGACUCUGUUGAUAUGGUGUCAGGGGUUAGCGAGGCAGCGUUUGCAGUACAAAAGGGCUAUGAGACUCAGGACGUUUCAACUUGUCAUCCAAAAAAUAGUUUUUGUACAGAAAAACAUCAGAAGGCUGUUGGCCGUGCGCGCUUACAACAAAACUCGAAAGGCCGGGCUAACAAUUAUAAGCUUUGUCAGAGGGUUCUUGACGAGAAACGAUCCACCAAACGCGUACAACCGUCGGUUUGUUAUAUACAAGCAGAGGAGAUAUCUGAUCGAGCUGUCCGAGGCAUUGCCAAAAAGCCUGAUGGACGACCGUUGGCCUAAGCCACCGAAUUGCUGUGUAGAAGUAUCUGAGUACUUAAAGGCUUUACACCGCCAUUGGCUAUCAAGAGCAUAUCGAAUAAAUUUGGCUAAAUGUCCAGAAUCGUACGAGCGUCUUAAAUUCAAACUCGCGGCUUCUGAAAUAUUCAAAGGAAAAAAGCCAAUAUAUCCAGAAAGCUUAAAAUUCGAUUUCAAUGCGGAUCGUGCGGGGAUUAUUCAAAAAAUGAUAAAUGCCAACUUGAAUGACUCAAAUCACAAAACUAAUUAUUUUUAUGCGACAGAAGUAACGAAAUUCGAUCGCCGAGGGUACAGAUCUAGAGUUAGAAUUCUGAUACUAACUACUGAAAAUAUUUUAAUAAUAAAAAAAUCUGAUAAGAAUCAAAAAAUCAAAGAUCAAUUGCCGUUGGAACACGUAACGAGCCUUCAAAUGACCUCGGGAACGGAUAAAUUUUUACUUAUCAAAGUAUCUGAAAAAUUGGAAAAAUCCAAGGGAGACAUUUUAUUAGAAGUUCCCUACUUGGUUGAAUGUGUAACAGCUCUUUCAAAACAAGCACCGGGGAUAGUAGAAUUCAUCAAUAUGCAAGAGAAUUCAUGCAUGAAACAUGACAUGAAAAACACAAAAAAUCCUGGAUUUAUMGAAUUUAUACCUGCUACAAUCUCAGAACGGAAAGGAGAAAUACGCAAAGGAAACAAUGGGAAUUUAACGAUUACCGGUUGA